CCGCUCUGACGUCAUCACGCCGCGCCCCGCCGCACGCGCACCAGCGUGGAGCGACGGCCGAUGAGUUUCCGAGAGUUUCAGCUGAAAUGUCGGUUUUUCACGACGAGAUCGAGAUCGAGGACUUCGAGUACGACGAGGACGCGGAGACGUACUACUUCCCGUGUCCCUGCGGAGACCGGUUCGCCAUCACCAAGGACGACCUGGAGAACGGGGAGGAGGUGGCGACGUGUCCGAGCUGCUCGCUCAUCGUUAAAGUCAUCUACGAUAAGGAGCUGUUCAUGUCCGGAGAGAUCAUCGAGGCUCCGACAGAAACCAAACUGCAGCUGGUUCCGUCCUGACCCCCUUCUGCCUGACCCGGACUCUUCACCUGCAGAGACGCUUUCUAACUUCUUCUGUGGUUUGUGGGCGUUUUAGCUCAUCCCUUAGAAACAACAACAGAAACUCUGAUGUUUCUGUGUCAAAGUUUAAUUUCUGUUAAAUUGGUGGUGAUGGAGGGGAGGUGCGUUCAGGUGCUGCUGGGAAAACAUCGGAUCUGUAAAUAUGUCUCAUAUGAAAAUAUUUUAUUGUGUAAUCUGAAUAUUUGUGCAGAAUAAAAACCUGUGAAAAAAC